AUGAGCUGGACCGAGUGGCGUGACCGAGUGCAGCACCAUGCUCGUCGCUUUCAGGAGAAGGAUGCCACAACGGUCCUGAAUCGCUACGAGCAGCAGAGGAGAAUCAUGAGCCGGCCGCAGCUCGAAAAGCAUGCCUUUCAUGUGGCAUCCUGGCUGGUGCUUCCAGAGGUGAGAAGAAGCCACGGCGGUUCCGUGGAGGCGCUGCUGUCCAGGUACUUGGAGUCCUUGGAUGGGCAGCCACUUUGCGAGCUCCUGAAAGUGGUUCUGUCACUUGUCUCGGCAAGUUCGGGAGUUGCAGGGCUCUCGGGGUUGCUGGGUAAAGGGCAGAAGAGAAAGGUGGAGAUGAUGCAAGCAGAAGAGCCAGAAAAGCCAGAUUCCGCCAAGCCAGUUGAUGCGUGCGGUGAAAAGGCUGCGAGGCUGAUGCAGAAGGCCAGCCAAACGUGGCAGAACCACCCGUCCGAGUUCCGGGAAGUGUACGUGGAGUCUCUGGAGCAGGAGAUGCAAGAGGCCGAUGGAGCUGAGAACUCGGCCAAGCUGCGCAUGGUCCUGCGCCGAGCCGUAGCUGCGCUUUCCCCGCCACGGCGUCUGGGUGAUGGGUGCGAGGGCAAGUUGCUGGCAUCCCACGCAUCCAACGACCAGGCGACGCUGGCCACCAACCUGCAAUCCCGGCUUCGCAAAAUCGUGCUCUGCUGCCUGGAUCGAGUGGACCUGGCAGAUUUGCGUCUUGCACCGGUGCUGCAAUGCUUGCAGUCACUGCUCCAAAGGUUUCAGGAGCUUGUCACCAGUGAAAGCAGGAUCGCUUGCAAGAAGCAAUGGGCUCGGCUUCAAGCCAAGUGUGCGAGCACCGUGCCGCCCGAAGCAGCAGCAAGCUUGUCAGCGUGUGCAAAGGGAGCCGAAGAUUGUGCUGGCAUUGCCAAGCCCAAGUCUUCAGCAUCAUGCCCCCAUGGCAAGGUGAGACGAAGCUGCGCUCAAUGCACAGGCUGUCCACAUGGCAAGCGGCCUCAACAAUGCCCGCAAUGCAGUGCCUGCCCGCACGGAAAAGUCAAGCGCAAUUGCUCGGAAUGCACACCCUGUCUGCAUGGCAAGGCAAAACGAUUCUGCUCGCAGUGCACGGGAUGUCCGCACAGUAAGCAAAAACAAUUCUGCCUGCUGUGCAGCGCAUGCCCGCACGGAAAGAUCAAGCAGAAUUGCUUGCAGUGCAGCGCAUGCCCACAUGGCAAGAUCAAGCAGAAUUGCUUGCAGUGCAGCGCAUGCCCACAUGUCAAGAUUAAGAAGAACUGUGUGCAGUGCAGCGCAUGCCCGCACGGCAAGCUGAAGAGGAACUGUCUUAUGUGUGCCGAAGCGAGGGGAAAAGUGAACUGCACGCUUUCAGGCUAG